AAUUUAAAGGAUAUAAUACUAUUAAACUACAUCUUUAUAAACCGAGGAUGGCUGUGAGAGCUAGGAGACCAGGAUGAGUGUAGUAGUGGGCUUAAUUCUUGGAUUUACAGCAGCUUCUUGGCUAAUAGCCCCCAAAGUAGCAGAGAUGAGUGAGAAGAAAAGAAGGUCUAACGUAUGCUCCUAUUACAGCAGAGGGGGGGACAGGACUCAUGGGCUGCAAGGGGGGAUGAGGAUCCCGGUUAGAAGCGACUCCUGGCACAGAAAGGGUAUGGUACCAAACAGCAGCCCGGCCACUGGGCUAAGAGGAGAAGAAGAAGAGCUUAAGAAGAAUAAAGAAAACAACAAUAGUACAAGCAGGAACAGGAGCACACACAAUGGAAGUGGGGACUGGGGUCCACCAGAAGAGACCCCAAGAAAUUUCCUUUAUGUUGGGGUCAUGACAGCAAAAAAAUACCUGGAUACCCGAGCUGUGGCUGCAUACAGGACGUGGGCACCUUUCAUCCCAGGAAAAGUGGAGUUCUUCUCUAGUCAGGGCUCAGAAGAAGUGCAGCUACCAGAGCCUCUGCCAGUCAUAUCACUGCCUGGCGUGGGAUGACUCCUACCCUCCACAAAAGAAGUCUUCAUGAUGAUUAAAUACAUGCACGACAAGUACCUGGACAAGUAUGAGUGGUUCAUGAGAGCUGAUGAUGAUGUGUACAUCAAAGGUGAAAAACUAGAAGAAUUUCUUAGGUCCCUGAACAGCAGUAAACCACUAUACCUGGGGCAAACUGGACUGGGAAAUAUUGAAGAACUUGGAAAACUAGGAUUGGAACCAGGAGAAAACUUCUGUAUGGGAGGUCCAGGAAUGAUCUUUAGCAGAGAGGUAUUAAGAAGAAUGGUUCCACACAUUGGUGAAUGUCUGCGCGAAAUGUACACAACUCAUGAAGAUGUGGAAGUGGGUAGAUGUGUCCGUCGAUUUGGUGGAACCCAAUGUGUUUGGUCAUAUGAGAUGCAACAAUUGUUCCAUGAAAAUUAUGAACACAACAGAAAAGGAUAUAUACAAGAUCUACACAACAGCAAAAUUCAUACGGCUAUAACACUGCAUCCCAAUAAAAGGCCUGCAUACCAGUACAGACUGCAUAACUAUAUACUGAGCCGGAAGAUUUCUGAAUUACGGUUCCAUACCAUCUUACUUCAUAGAGAAAGUAUUUUAAUGAGCAAACUCAGCAACAGUGAGAUAAGCAAAGAAGAUCAACAACUUGGCAUGAUGCCAUCUUUUAACAGAUUUCAGCCUCGUCAAAGGAAUGAAGUUAUUGAAUGGGAGUUUCUAACAGGAAAAAACAUUUAUUCCAUGUCUGCUAAUCUUCCUCCAUCUCAGGGUCUAAAUAAUGUUCUCAAGGUAUCUUUGGAUGAUACUGUGAUGCAGGUAAUGGAAAUGAUCAAUGAGAACUCCAGAUCUCGAGGAAGAUUAAUUGAUUUCAAAGAAAUUCAAUAUGGAUACCGUAGGAUUCAUCCUAUGUAUGGUGUAGAAUAUGUAUUGGAUUUGUUGCUUUUGUACAAAAGGCAUAAAGGAAGAAAACUCACUGUACCUGUAAGACGGCAUGCAUAUCUUCAACAAUCAUUUAGCAGACCAUAUUUCAAAGAAGAGGAAGAAUUGGAUGUCCAAAGUUUCUUAGAGAAUAUUAAUAGCGAUUCUCAAUCAUUUUCUUUUUUUUCCAAUUCAUUGAAAAUGUUUUCUUCUCUGCAUGCCACUAAGGAAAUGAGACAAAACUAUGACAAGAAAAUACAUUUUCUAGUUCCUCUCACCGGGAGGUAUGACAUUUUCAUAAGGUUUAUGGAAAACUUUGAAAAGACUUGCCUGAUUACAAAGCAAAAUGUAAAAUUAGUGCUAAUCAUAUUCAAUUCUGAUAACUCUGAUUCCAGUAAGCACAUUGAAUUAAUGGAAGAAUACCAGAAUAAGUAUCCGCAGGCAGACAUAAGUUUUAUAACCAUGACAGGUCAAUUUUCAAGGGGUUUAAGUCUUGAUAGAGGAUCCGCUCAAUUUGACAAUGACACUUUACUUCUCUUUUGUGAUGUAGAUCUAAUGUUCACAUCAGACUUCCUUCAACGAUGUAGAGAUAACACUAUUCAGGGACAGCAAGUCUAUUACCCAAUUGUGUUUAGCCAGUAUGAUCCAAAAGUAACAUAUGGAGGAAAUCCUCCAGCUGACAGUAACUUUGUUUUCACAAAGAAAACUGGGUUUUGGAGAGACUAUGGAUUUGGAAUUACUUGUAUCUACAAAAGUGACCUAUCAAAAAUUGGUGGGUUUGAUACCUCUAUCCAAGGCUGGGGAUUGGAAGAUGUUGACCUCUUCACUAAAGUGAUAUCAUCUGGGCUGAAGGCAUUUAGGAGUCAGGAAACAGGGAUAGUUCAUGUUUUUCAUCCUGUUCAAUGUGACCCUAACUUAAAUCCCAAGCAGUAUAAGAUGUGUUUGGGUUCUAAGGCAAGUACAUUUGCAUCUGCAGCACAGUUAGCAGAAAUUUGGUUAGAAAAACAUUUAGGUGUUGGAUAUAACCGAACUCACUCCUGACAUGUCAACUCUGCCAUCAAAGAGAGUUUACCUCAUUUAUUUUUUGUGAUCAUUGUCCAUAAACUCCUCUUUGUAGUCUUCCAAAGGAUAAUUGUUAAUUACAGACAGAAAAACUGUACUGAUUACUGGUAUUAUAAGUUCCUAGUGAGGAUGGCCAUUUUCAUCACUCUCUAUGAAGAUAUGUCAAAGAUUUACCUUUUAUUUUCAAGGAGCACAUCUACAAAGUCCCAUCCCAGAAGACUGUUCUUUUUGGGUACUAGGAUGCAAUAUCAGUCGCUAUUGUGUUUGUCAAAGUGAAUGUGACAAAUAUUUACUGGUGAAGGUACCACAAAAGUGCAUUAUGCUUCCCUUGUGGAAGAGACUUGAGUUUUAUAAUUUAUAAGAAGACUUAGAUAUAUGAACAAUACUUUUCUUCAUCUUUAGAAUUUUUAAAGUAAAGAAAUAACUAUGAUUGUAUCUUUAUUUUUUAAAACAGAAUUGAAGAUGGUUUUUCCAUAAGCAGCUGGUACUGGCUACCAAGGUCCUUAAUGUCUUAUUAUAUGUUCUAGUUCCCAGUGUUUUGCUGUUAGUGCAAAAUAUGUUUAUUUUCUCCAGGGAACAUCCAUUUAAUCAUAAUUCAAAUACUGUAUGUUCUAUGAGCUUUUUUGUGUGAAUCAUUGUCCUUUAUUUGCUGGCAAGAAGAUGAUUUAAAAGGACAUUAUUAUUUAUAUUAAUUGUUUUUAUUCUACAACUGUGUAAAUCAACGCAGACAUGAAACAGCAAUGUUAAUUCAGGGUCAGGCUACAUUUAGAAUGAGGGUCUGCACUUAAGAGUCUUAAGAAUAAAAAAAAAUACAGUGAAUUUAUUAUUUUAUCAAUAUUUGGAUCAAUUUCCAUGAUCUUCUAACUCUGU